AUGUCGACCGCCGUGGCCGACCAUUUCUGCAGCUACUACCACGUCAUCCAGCGCCCGUUCACCGAUGACGAGCGCCGUGCGAUUCGUUUGGACGCCAAGCGCUACCUCCGCGACAAUGCCAUAAGGUGCUACCUUUCCUUCGAAUCUGUGGACGACACCAACUACGUUGUUGGCUUUAUUGUCCGCGCAACCGUCAUCGAGGAUGUGCACAUCGACCAGAUCGUGAACAUCAUAAUGUACCACACGGCCGAGAAGGUCGAGCGCUACACCCGCGUCGGUGUCAACUACCACAAGCCCCGUCCUGCCGCCGUUCUGGCCCCCGUUCCCUUUGAUCACCCUGCUGGCGGCGAUGUCACCGAGGGAGCCGGAGCCGCCGUUCACCCUCCCUCGCAGUGA